GUGACGAGGAUCGUACCAUCCUUUUCUAUCGAGAUUAUUAGUUUUCUGUGGCAUGUGCCCUUGCGACAGCCAUUUUGCCAGUUCCGUGAGAAAAUUGUGUUGAAUUUUGCAAAGUAAUCUUAAGCGGUAAGAAAAAUUGAUAAUUAUGUUGUGUAGAUUAAACCGUGUUUUAUUUUUUUUUUAAAGUGGGUGUUAUUUUUGUGCUGUACUUAAUACCUUCAACAGUAAACAUCUGCGGCUGUUUUAGUAAUCGGUUAUUUGUGCUGCCCGUGAAGACGUUUCGUUUAUGGAAGCCAAGUGAUAACCACAUGGUUUUCCGCAUUUGUAUAAAAUAUAAAUUGUACUACUUAAAAACCGACACAAGUCAUUCCCAUUUUAGUGAACUAUAUUAGGGACAGUUCAAGAUUUUUCUCUUCCCCGGUUAAUUCGUCUAGCACCUUUUCCGUCUUAAGAAUUUCAAUAAUUCGAUCAUCAUAAUUCGAAAGACCGAAUAGAAACUUGAGAUACGGUAUAUGGAUAAAAAAUACACAGACAAAUCUAAUAAUUUUGACCAGUGUUGUAUCACGUAACAAUAUCCAUUAAAAGUGAUGUCAAACAAAAGUUUCAUACGUCAAAUACCUAGCAGUGACUAGUGAAAUUGUUGACAAUUUUUUCAAGACUUAUGCUAUCAAGUAAUAACGUUCGAAGUGAUUUUUGGGUGUUCCAACUGUUUAUAAUGUACUUUUUCGAAUGUAGGAAACCAUGUCCAAUCGUAAUUUAAUGUGUAAAUGACCUUGACGCAUAUAUUACACCCAUUACUUAAAAAAAUAAGGUUAGGUUCUGCCUGUACUUCAACAAUCACCAUAUUAUACCAUGCAUGGAUACGCGUACAUGAAUGGGGAUGUUGGCAAAGUGCCUUCAGGGGUGGUUUAUGGUACCACCCCUGAGCCAACACCUGUCAUGGGAACACACCCGGAAUACAUAACCGUGAACGGGGUAGCAGAGGGAGCUGACGGGCUUAGUCCUCUACCUCCCUCAGCUCCCCAAGAAAAUGCCUCUCAAUCAGCUUAUCCCUUGCCGCAGCUUAAGCAAAUGCUUUCACAACAAUUGGAAUAUUACUUUUCUAGAGAAAAUUUAGCAAAUGACACAUACUUAUUGUCACAAAUGGACAACGACCAGUACGUGCCAAUAUGGACGGUGGCGAAUUUUAAUCAAGUCAAAAAAUUAACGAAGGAUAUCAAAUUGAUUACUGAAGUAUUGAGAGAAUCGCCUAACGUUCAAGUAGAUGAAGAAGGUGUCAAAGUUCGUCCAAACCACAAGAGGUGUAUAGUGAUUUUGCGUGAGAUUCCAGACAAUACUCCCAUUGACGAAGUUAAAAAUUUGUUUGCUGGUGAAAAUUGUCCACGAUUUAUUUCCUGUGAAUUUGCUCAUAAUAGUUCUUGGUAUGUAACAUUUGAAUCUGAUGAAGAUGCACAGAGAGCUUAUAGAUAUUUAAGGGAAGAAGUUAGAGAAUUCCAAGGUAAACCAAUAAUGGCGAGGAUAAAAGCAAAACCGAUGAAUCGAUUACCUAUACCACCGGUUACUGGCGUUAAAAAUGGCUUUAGAGCAACACCGCCACCAACGGCUGUAUAUGACCCAGCAGCAUAUCCACCUGGACAACAAAGGUUUAUUUACGCCAAUGGUACGCCUGGUCAACCAGUAGCUGCAUACAAUCAAGUGAUAUACCCUACCUAUCAGCAGCAACAGUUUUACGCUUCAGUCGCCUGGCCUCCGUCUCCAAAUUACUUUGAUAUCAACACAGUGUUUCAAGUCAACGGGCUGGCUCCUCAAAACUUCAAACACCAGAAUUAUCGCACUAAUCAAAACAGACCACGUAAACAAUCGAGAAAUGCAAUGCAAAGCGACCAAUCUUCACAGGGUUCUUCUCAAGGUGGCAAUGGCGGUAAUAGUAGUAACGGACAAGGAAAUUCAAGACCAUCAACUUCUCAACAAGGUCGUUCAAAUUCACCCUCGAGUACUAGCAGUAAGGGAAAUUCUUCUAAAGGGUCAACUUUAGAAGGCGCAAUUCCAAAAUCUAGCCAUAUUCAUAAUGCAUCUAAUGAGAACAAUGAUUACUCAGCCAAUAAUACAACUCCCACUGGCUUACCAGUUAUGCACACAGAUUCAGAAAUUUAUAGGUUUCUACAACCUCAAACCGUAAAAGAAGUCAUUCCUCCUAGACAUCGUAGGAAAAAACGUGACGAAGAUACCACGACGAAUGGGCAAUCAGUUCAAAUGCAAAGUAGAGAAACAGUCAAUUCGAGAGGAGCCGAAUUCGAUUUGGUAGAAGAAGCAUUUCCCCCCUUACCAGGCUUGGAUGUUGGUUCGCAAUCCAAUUACAAGCACCAAACUGUGAUGAAUUCCACCGUAGAGGUGUCGUCUUCAAUCCAACCGGCUCCUGAACCUCAACAAAUACCACAACAAGGACAUUGGGGAGAGAACAGACUUGCUGAUGUUGUUAAAGGUACGGCAAAAAUCAAAGUUAACAGUGCUGGAGGUGGAGGCGGCGGCAGUAGCAAAGAAUCUAGUAACGGUGGCGGCGAUGAUUCUCCAAGAGCUAUUUCUCCGCAACAAUUUCCGCCUUGCAAUCAAACUUCCAGACAAAAUUCGGGAUCGACGGGACCCCCUGAUUAUAAAGACGUCUCUACCGAAAGUGCGGAUAUUCAACUCAGUACAGUUACGCUUACACCCCCGAGCUCACCUGAAAAGUUAGUUCCUGCUUUGCCAAUCAAAUGUACCAUGGCUGACAAAUCUACUAAAACUGAUGACGCUCUUCUAAAUGGUGAUUUGGACAUCCCCUGUCCUACAACUACAAACGCUGCCACCAUGACCACAGUUGUGCCAACAGAAGCCCCAUCUCGGUCAGGGAUUGUUGUAACUACCACCAGUAGUUCUAAAAAUCACCUACCUGUGCAUAGACAGGAUUCCAAGGCUGAAACUUUGAGGCAUGCAGUGAUAUCACCUCCACCUCUAGCAGUAGACUUACCUGGUAAUCCACCUCGGAAGAGUUAUGCUCAAGUUGCGCAACAUCACAAGGAAGCAAAUGUCCAAAAAGAACAACAGACCAGGGACAAACAAAUCGUUACUCCACCAACAUCCGUAGCUGCAACAAAGGCAACUCAGCCAAUAACGAAUUAUGCAAGUAGUAGUAGUAGUACCAACACUCGUAGCCAAAACGAACGUGAUAAUAAAGAUAGUAGAGAUAAUGGUCCACAACGAACAGAAACGAGCGGUAGCGGAAAUCAACAGCGACAUAAUGGUAUGAAUCGCGGAGGUGCCAGAUCCGGCCAUGAAAGGUCUCAGAAAAGAAGAACUGAAAUGAGAACAUCCCAACUACGCGACUUUGUAACUCCCCGAUCUCCCAAGUAGCACGGAUUCAGGACGUUAGUGUUAAAUGGGGACGGUGGUGCUCUUGUAAUGUCACAGAUAUUUAUACAUAUAUAUAUAUAUAUACAUAUAGUGUGCGCCGAUUGACUGCCCCAUACAAAAACAAAACUUAUGGCAUUUAGGGUUUCCAUAUACAUUAUGAUUUCACUUUACUGUGUGCGAAUCAUAUGUUCCUAGCCGACUGUUGAAUAUUGAUAUAUUUAAAAAAAAAGGAAUAUGAAGAAAUAAAUAUUAGUGCUGUACGACGCAGGUUGCGCGACUGUGAUUGGCCCAAUUUUUGUUGACGCGGCUUACCCGAACUCUUUUAUCUCUCUCUAUUUCUCUUGACGUCUAUCCAUGUAUACAGGCUAAUGUUAAAAGAUUAUUUUUGACAAAUAAUUUACCAUUCUAUAUAUAAGAGGGAGUGUAGGUAUUAGUGUAUAAUAUUGUUGUUGGUUUUUUUAAAUUGAAUUGUUGCGCCCUCCCUACCUUUGCUCGAUCGCUAAACGAGUACAUAUUUUAAAUUAAAACCGCUUUGGAUCGAGAGACGAUGAUACUUGUGAUUAGGAAAUUAAGGAAUGCCAUGAUUGCAUUAGUAUGGAUGGUCGGAUGUGAUAUUUUCUUGUAAAUCUAAUAAAAAUCAUUCAAAACUUGAUACAAAAAAAAUUAAAUAAUUGAUGAAUUGCAAAUAUAUAAUAUUAUAUUUAUCCAAUUCUGUGAAUUUGUAUUAUAAAUUGAAGUACCCUCGUAAAAUAUGAACUUGGCGGCACUUAAAGGUUGCUCCCUUACCAAACAAACCAAUUAGAGAAAUUAAUUUUCUGCUUUGUCUUGGUGGACUUAUCAAUUUGUAUAAUACCUCGCUUUUAAAAUAUGCUUGACAUAUCUUACAAAAAAAAACAUUUUCUAUUUCAAAAAACAUUCUGUUACUCAAAAAAGUUAUAUUUGACAAUUACUAUUUUUUUUGUCAUUGAUUGUAGGUAGAUGACCUCACCUCAAUCACCUAUUGGCAUUGACUGUUUUCAAAAUUUACUCAUAAUGUACAAGGUAGUCCAGAAAUAUCUAUAUUAUUUUCUAGAGCUGAUAGUGUCUUAAUAUAAAGAUACUGAGUAAGAGUGUAUUAAGAAAAUGAAAUUCAUAUUUGUUUAAUUAUUAUAUAUAAUUAAUUUCUUGUUACCACAUCCUGUACAGAUAUAGGGUAGUUUUGGAGGUUAGACGAGACUUAUUAUGUCACUAUUCUUAAUAUUUUGAAAAAAUGGUUUAUGUGCCAAAAAUAUGCUCUUCUAAUGACUUAAUUAAUUUGUUACAUUUCUACAAUACCAAAAAUACUCUGUUUCCAUAUAAGUUGAGGUAGGCGGUUACAUCAAAUUAAUUACCUCAAUGUCAUAUAAUUAGAGUCAAAAUGUAUAAUUUGUAAUUGAAAUUGUUUGGUUGAUAUUAAAAAAAUAAUGUAAUGUGUUAAUUUCUUUAAAGGAUUGUACCUCCCCUUAAAAGUACGUAUUUAAUUGAAAAAAAUCCAUUACAAUAAGUACCUUUUUUUAACUCACUCAUCAGAUUUAGAAAUUAACGUAUUUGUAUAUAAUUCUGGCCACCCUUAUAAAUUAUGUUAAUUCGGAAAUCUUUUUCCAAAAAAAAUUAUGCAUUGCUAAAAAAAUGUAUAUAUUUUAAGCGAGAUGGUAUUAAUUUGGUUCUUUUAGAAAUUUGAAUUUGGUAUCAAGUUUUGUUGAGCUUAGUUUUUAUUUAUAGGUUUACACUUAUCCAAUUUGGAAAUAAAAUUGAAAUUUGACUCGACAUCCAAAAUUUAAAAAAAAAACAAAUUAUUCAACAGAAACUAUUCAAAAAUUUUCUUGUAGUGGUAGUUUUUUAUUUUUGGUAUUUAUUUUUUAAUAUGCACUUGACUAUAGAAACAAAUCAAUAACAUUUUAUUCACAAUGAUUUCGAGAUAACACGUGUCAACACAAAAUUUGACUUUGACUAGAAUGCAUAAAAUUUGGAUAGUUUAGGUCGUAAUUACAAGAAAAAAAAAUUACAUAACAUAUAAUAGUUUGCUUUUGUAUUUAGAAGUCGAACUAAGCGAUAUUUUUCAAAAUAUUUAAUUGAAGAGAGAACCAUACAAAUAAAUAUGUUUAUAACUUUUUAUCAAGCUUUACUAUCAAAAUAGCUCAUAAAAAAGUGAAAAAUGCAUCAAAAGUUUUUAUAUUCAUAAGUACUUUGUUUAAAUAAACCCCUGAUAUAAUCUCCCAUCAUGCUUUCAUUGUAUUGCCUUGAUAACACUGUUCGAAGCUCAUAAUGUCCUGAUGAAAACGUUCUCCUUGUUCUUCUGAAUACGUUCCCAUAUUGUUUUUAAAUUUAUCUAAAUGGUAAAUGAACUUUCAAUGACAUUUUUAGCAUAACUUCAUCUAACUAAUUUUCAACUCUGUUGUUUUUUAAAAUUCCUGAAACUACUGAUUUAAAACUGUACCAACUCUCUUUUUGAGUACUAUUCAGUAACUUUAGAAAUUCUUCAUCGACGAAAAUUUGUCUAAUUUGCGGACCAACAAAAACCCCAAAAAAUUUUUCAAGUAUCGAAAAGCUUCGGAGGUUUAAGUGAGUUUUCUAACAAAUUGUUUCAUCAACACUUUUUCCGCUUCAACAAUCAUAUUUUACGUUUUGUUUUCCGAAACAAAAUUCUGUUCUUACAGGCCUUGACCGUUGAAUAUAGUGCUUAUCAUUCGCUCCGCUACCCCAUAAGCACAGGAAGUACGGAGAAUUUGCAUAACCCAUCAACUAUUUUUAAAUAUUAAGCACUUUCAUAAUUUUCUUUUAAAUGUACGGAAUGAGCAAUUGGAAGAAGUGGGAAUUCAUUUCCUCUAAACGUUUUUGUAAAGCUGUCAAUAAAUAAACGCCAUUCGCUAGGAAUACAGGGUAUGCCAUUUUCUUCAAACAUACCUUUUAUGUCCAUCUUCUUUUGGAAAAAACUUUGAAAACGUUUCAUACCUAGUUCGCUGAUCUGUGAGAUUAACAUCAGCAAGUAAAUUCCACUGAUUUAAACUCAGCUUUAUUUUUCGGUAAAUUCAUAUCUCUCAUCAAAUCUUUUGUAGUUAAAAGAUGGUGGUUCUGGUAUAGGUAAAAAUUCCUUAUCAUAUUCACUUCUAUUAGACUUAUAAAUGAGCUAAUUUUUAAGAUAAUUUUCUUGGUAGCUUAAGUACCAUGUCAGGACAUGAACAAUUGGAUCAGAAGAAGAUUCGAGGUCUGAGAUAUUCGAUAGGUUUUGAAUUUUUUUACUCUGAGUGCUCGUCAGAUUCUUGUUAUAGCAAAUUCUCAAAUUGCUCAUCUUCCAAACAUAACUGUCACAAAAGCAAACCCUAUGAAAAAAAAGUAUAUGUGUAUAAUUGACCGAAAAAUCAUAAUAUAAACUUUAGGACAAAGAACGAAAAUUUUUUUGUCGAGUAUUGUAAUUGAAACAAUUUGGACUGAGUAUCAUUUAUGUUGUUUCUUGUUGACUAGGAGAUAAAUCUGAUUUUUAUUAUCAAUUUUCCAGUGAAUGACAUAUUAUCAUUAAAAACAAACAAUUUUGUUUCUAAUUCCCGUGAUACGCCACUACGUAAAUAAAAAAACAACUUACAUCAGGUUGCUCUAUAUUUUAAAUUUUUUACUAUAGGAUAAUAAACGAUUAUUUCAAAUGUUAUAAUUUUGAUGUACAAUCAACUUUUCGUGGUUUCUAUAAAACUCUUUGUAUAAUAUGCUCCAGACUGCGGAAAGUUGAUGUUUAUAUAUAUGUAGCAUUGUCCAAGAUGACAUUAAUCUUAUCAAUACGGUAGCUACUACUACUCCGAUUAAUAAUAGUUGUAUGCAAAAAGAUUUUUAACUUCAGGAAUAUUUUCUUUAUAAAAAAACCCAAGCAAAAAAUUUUAAUCAAAUGAUUGUCUGGUAUCUAUUUAGUAAAAUGUACUUUAUAUUGUAAAGGCGUGCUUCCUAUAUUAUAUAGCAAAAAACUUGUAAAGGAAAUUAUUCUGUGGUUAAAAUUUUUUUAAUUUAUUGAUGCAGUUAUCUUUUCUUAGACUAAUUUAAUACCAGCUAUCUGAAAUUGCGUCUAAUUUUAGUUAUUACAAUUUUUUUUUAGUUUCAGUUUUUAUGUAAACCUGUUUCAGAUAAUUUUAGGAUUAAAAUGUUUUCGUUCAUAUACACUUCGCCCACUUCUUCAAAUUCCUCUUUUUACAGUAAAAUAAUGACGAGUUUGUACCUUCUAUGAUUUUCAAUCAAGCUCACCAAUAUCAAGUUAAUAUCAGCCUUUAUUGCUUUUAAAAUCAGCUCACCAAAUAGAAAAUUAUGAAUCGAGGGAGGUUUGUGAAGGUAUUUCAAAUUUGAAAAGAAAAAAGAACCAGUACAAAGCAAAUCUAUAACCUUCAAACGUUCUUUGCAUUAUUAUCUAAUAAACUAACUCGAUAUAAUACGUUACACUGACAAGUUGCCAGUUUAUUGAUUGUAAUGGCCCGAAAGUAACGUCAACGAAUCGGUGGGAAACGAAAUUUUAUCAGUCGACAAAGAUACAGGUUUGAUAGUCGAGCGGAUUGUUUCCCCUUAGUAUAAAUAUCAUACAUAAUGUAAACUUGUUUGUCCCAAAAUUAUCGAGCUAGAUUGUUAUUUAUGUAUUGAACGAAGAGAUAACAAGUUUUUCAUCUCCUCAUUGCUGUUUUAUUACUGAUCGCUAUGUAAAAUCUUCGAAUACUAAAAAUCGGUAGUAGCGUGCUCGGCGGAUGACCUGACCGAGUCCUUCUCUCUAUCAUUAAUAGACAUUUCUUCGUACACCUCGCAGAUGAUUAAUUUCACUUGCCUUUAAACUUUUCUUGCAUGAAGAAAACGUAUCACGGAUCGAAUUUUAUCAUGAGCGAUGAAAUUUCUAGUCUAUUGCAUAAAAGUUUACAAUAUGCCGGGAGCUCAAAAUUAUUUUAAUUUAUUAUCAACAUUUUGAGGUCAUUGAAUAAAGAUAAACUCAUAGAGAUAAAAAAAAUCUGUUAUAAUUUAUAAAUAUAAAUAGAAAACCUCAUAACUUCAGCUCUCUGUUAAUUGACUCGAACUGUUUUUCUUCAAUUACUUUUCCAAAAUUUGAAAUGUGGCUAUUAUUUCAAUCUUUUAUUAAAAAAAUAGGUCAAGUCUUCAUUCAACCAUUUCUUCUUCUCUAUUGACCUUUUGAAUAACAUACAGCCAAGAUCUAUUUUUGUUUGUUACCGGCAUGUUUGAAGAGUGUGGUAUGUCUGAAGACUUGCUUAAAGUAAUCAUAGGUGACUACAAAAAGUAACAGAUAUAGACUCUUUAGGUUCUGUGGUGUAUCCAGGACUUUACAUCGAAGCUUGCAUCAGGAGAGUAUGAUAAAGGAAGUUUUUUUCUGGAAGUAAAAAAACAGCUGUAUCUCCUAUGAAAGUAAAAUUAUUUUCUACCAUUCUACAACUAUUAUAAGCUUAGCAGUGGAUUAUAAAAUUGAAUGCUAACGCCAACUGUCUAUUUAAGCCAUUUCGUAUUUUGUACUCGGAAUAAAAGCUCCACUGACUUCGACCCUAGAACCAUAAGCAACGAAUAAAUAUUAAUGGGGGCUUGAUUAUACUUGAGCAGUUCUGCAAAUAAGUUUCAAGUCUCCUAAUUAUCCACAGUCAAUUGUUCCAUAAUUCUUCUCUAAUUAUUGCCCAGGUGUCAGCGUAAUGUAAUUUAUAGUCCCUUAUUAAUUUUUUUUGUCAUUGAUUGGAUUUCGUUUCCUGAGAUACCUGAAUGACUUGGUAACGGGAUUUGCGACUCUUAGAAUAAUGGAAACUAUUGUUCUAUUUACUUCAAGCGUAAAGCUGUUUUAUUUCAAAAAAAAUUUUUUUCAAAACAUUGAAAAUUAUUUGACGUAUUCUUCAAUAUUGUAUUUUAUAUAUUGAUCGAUGAUAUUUAUGUGGGAUUAAAUUGGUGUUUGUCUUUAUUCGAAUUUCUUUGAUAUAUAUUAUUUUUUAUAAAUUGUAGUUUAAUAAAUUGUACAUGAUAUUGAAAUUUUAUGUCAACUAAUGCUAAUCAUUAGAUUAUUUGUUUUAUCAGUAUAUAUUUCCUUUCCAUUUAAACAUUUGACGAGAUUUUUGCAUCGGCGAGUUUUUUUGAAUUUAGCUAAAAUUUGUUCAUAAUCAUAGCUGGUUUAUUAGAUUUUAUUUGUAUUUGUAGGGUUAGUAUAUAUUUUGUAUUAUUUUAAAUGUUAUGCUAGUAUAUAAUAUGAUAUAUAUGAGAGGAUAAUAAUUUUUUUUAAUUCGAGAUAAAUUUUUCACCUCGGCACCUGACUCAUUUAGUUAGCAAAUUGAACAUAAUAAAAAACAACUCUUAUAUUAUAAGAUGCAAAUAUAAUGCCACGAUUUAUUAAUGAACAGUUAUCACAGGUUUUUUUAUAUAAGUUGUAUGCUAUUUAUAGGCUGUGUAUGUACAUAACGAAUUUACAGUGGCGGAGCAGAGGUUGGGUCGGCGGCGCCUUUUUCAGUUAUCAGUAUAUAAUUUACUUUUAAGACUGUUAGCUGAUUUUUUUGUAGAAUUGUUAUUUUGAUUGAAUCCUUCGUUUUUUUUUUCUCCAGUUUGCACACUCCACUAUGUGUAAUCUAUCUAAUUGAGUUAUAUGCAUCUCAGUUUUGUUAAUUGUAAAUUAAAAGUAGUAUUUCCAGGACAGAAGAGCUUUUAAAUAGAAGAAGAAAAAAAACUGUUUAAUAAUAUAUGAAAAAUUGAUAUUAUUCGGUCGCGAUGUAAUGCCACAAAAAAAAAUUAUUCGAGAUUCAAUUUUAGAAAAACCCCCAAAACGUUCCACAUUUUAUUGACUAUUUUAUUUUCUAAGCUGGAAUUUCUGAAACCGUUGGUGAUAUUCAUAUUGAACACACUGUUUACACCAAUACUCACAAUUACGCUGACUGAUAUAAUCGUUUCGAUAACCAAGAAAGGUAAACUGUAAACAGUCUCUGAAGACGUUAACUUGGUUGUCGAAACGCUCGUCAGAUAGUGUAGUGUUGGUGUAAACAGUAUGAUCAGUAUUUUACCAUUUAUUCAUUCAAAUAUUUUAAUGAAUAAUUUGAUGUCCUCUCUUAAACAGUAGUAUAAAAGAUGGAUAGUAUGGAAUUUAAAAACAUGAUAAUCUUCAAAAUUGAAUUGAAGAUUUUCAACUGUAUAUAUUCUGAUUCUUUUUUCAAAUAAUUUCCGUCAUAUUUUCAGAAAGUGUCAUGAAAAGAAUAGUGUUUGAUUGUGUAGGUUUUUGAAAUACGAUUUUUUUUAGAGAAUUUUUGAUUUGUUCAAACUUCACUGUAUAAAUGUUGGUAGUAGUUCAAAUAUCCGUUUUUGUUGAGUAUUUUACCUCCUUGACAAUCAAUUCGUUUCUUUUGCAGUUUUUCAAAACCUGAUACAAUAUUUAAUAAAAUACCAAUUAUUUUCCGGCAGAAGUAUAAUAUUAAUACUAAUAGGUAAAUAUUUUCAAAAUUUUUUCUGAUAGUAUACACAAAGUUUCUCUUUCCUAGUUAAUCAAGCGACAAUCAUGAAAAUUUUACAAUUGUUCAAUGAUAAGACGUUUGUAAUUUAUUCUAAUCUCAUUAUAAAUUGGUAAAAAUCAUUUAUCGUUUCAAUUUCCAGUGAACCAAUUAGGGAUCGAAUGGGCAAUCAAAUCUUUUUUCUGAUCAAAAUGAAUAUGUGUAGUUUGGAUUGUGUUAUAUAGAAAGAGACGAUGCUCUUUAUUUUUGGAUCUCGCAGUAAGAUACUUUUAUUUAACACAGUUUCAUGGAUAUAUUUAUCAAUUCUUUGGAAAUAACGAAUCAGAUAAAUCUUUUUAAUGAUCUCGACUUUCUGGACCAAAAAUACAACUUUCCUGCUAAAAUAUACUAAAAAUGAUCACGAAACUUUUUACAUUUUUCAUAAACGAUUUUCUUUAAGGAUGUUCUUCUGUGCUGGGAAUUAGGUCCUAGAAAUUUUUUAUACAAUAGACACAAAUCUAUUUUUACAGUUGUACAUUUUAACUUUAAACAUAUUUUGUACCAAUGAGUGUUCCAGUCAGAUGCAAUAAUAGAACUCGACAAAAAUAAUCAAACCCGAUAGCUCACUUUUGAUUUAUUGUAAAUUGUUCCAGUUGACAGACACUCCAAAUAAAUAAACGUUUUAACCUUGUGCAUUAUACAAGCUCGAGUGUUGUGAUAAAACGUAAUUAUAUCAUUUUCGCGCGCACUUUAUUACAUUAUAUAAUCUAUUGUAAAUGUUAAUUCUUUUGUAUUUUGUAUUAAUUUCAAUAUUACGUACUUUUAAAUAUUAGAGGUGAUGAUAACCUUCGAUCACGUCUGCCAGACUUAGAGAAUCUUUUGUUACAAAGUGCUCGGAAAAAUUGUGUAAUUAUAUUUUAAGGUUGAAACGUUAAGAGAUUGAAGUUUAUAAAAUUAUUGUUGAUUUGGGAUGAAGCAUAUUGAUUUUUUUUCUGAAUUAGCUGUAACUAAAUUUGCUGUGGUUAUAAGGAUAGAAAAAACAAUAUAAACAUAAUAAUAACCUUAAAAAAUUAAUACUACUCUUAAUCCAUUAUAUAUGACUGAUAAUUUCUCAAAUUAGCUCAUAGUUUUAAUUCCUCAAAACAUUUUGGCUCUCUAAAUAUAUUCAAAGUAGUUAAAGAAUUUAUUUUAUGUUUACUUUUGCUGUAAACACAUUUUCUUUCAAGUUAAGCUCUUUUCAAACAUUCUCUGUCAUCUUUUGAGAUGUAUGUCAUCUGUAUAUAGUUUUUUCUAUAUUACUAAUAAAACGUCAUUUACAAUGUUCGGAAUCCAAACAAAUUUAUUUUUUAUUGAAAUCCUAUAAGCGAAUAAAUAUUUUUUUGUAAUAUGCUUUCAGACAGACUCAGAUUAUUAAAUAUAAAUAAUUUGAAUUUGGAUGUUCUAAGCUUUAUUAUUAUUUAGAUAAAAGCCAAAAUUUUGUAUACUUUUCAUUACAAAUGAUUUGUUUGGAAACCAAGUACUGAUUUACACCAAGGCGAGGCGCAAAUUGGGAUGUGGAUAGCUCGCGUGAGGUAGCGUGACGCGACUAGCCAGCGACAACCGAAUUGAAUUUAAGUCCAGAAUCGGAUGAUGCACCGCAAAUCCGAUUUUUCAGUUUUGUCUACACAUAAUCACCAUUUUAAAGUAUCGAAAAGAUCUCUCGUGAUAUUUUACCUCUAAUAACUUUUUUCUGUCAUGUUUUCGUAAAAAAAAUUGCAGAGCGGGACACGUCUGUGAGCUCACGCGUGUCAUGUCACGCUGCGUUGUCAGUUUUCUUCACUGUAUUCAAUCUUGUAGAUUAAAAAACUGCACAGUGUGGUGCAUACCUCACACGAGCUAUACGUGUCAAAAUUUGCGCCUUGCCUAACAUUCUAUGUCACACUAAUGCAGAUCACAGUGAUUUUUAAUUAUUUGAGAGUUGUCCUCUUGCUAUUUAUCAGAAAUGUUGACGUUCUUUUCUCAUUCGUGUCUGUAACCCCUUGGCAUGGUUUAUUACCAGGGGAAGAUUGUGAUCUAUAUAAACAAUACUUACUUGAAUAGAAAAAAUGCGAAAUGUAACCAUUUGAAGUGAUUAAAAAGUUCAUUAACGUUUAUCUAAUUUUGUUAUCACUCUAUCGGUAAUUUGUUUUAGUGAAUAGCUAAUUCAGAAUAAUACUUUUUUAUGGAUGCCGUUUUUUAGAAUACAAAAACUGGUUUGAUUUUAAAUUGAUUUGUUAUUAGUUUUUUUCUUUUGAAAGUAUCUAAUGAUAUCCAUACUAUAUUUAUAAUUUUUAAAUACUGACUAUUUUUUUAAAUAUAUUUGACAAAACACACCUUAAAAUGUUUCUCCCACAUCUGUGUUUGAAUUUAAAAGCGAAAUGUAAAAUUUUAAGGGAAUAAAAUGGGAUUUAUAAAAUAAUUCAAAUUGUUUCUUUUUUUAAUCGUUCUUCUAAUGAUUAGUUUUUUUUUUCAGUAUUUAGAAUAUAUUUCUCUUAAUUGUAAGUUUAUGAAAUGUAACACUUGUUCAUUUAACUUUUAGAUAAUAAUGUACGUAUAUUUUUUACAAAUCAUUACACAAAAUUUGUAAAAAAAGAGCAUCAAAAUUAUCCACAAACACUUUAUACGUGCAAUUAUUUUGCUUCUUAGUUGUUCUGCAAGAUAUAUUUUCGUGUAACCCAUACUAUUUACUUUAUUUUGAAAUUUCAAAUAGUGAAUUUGAUAUAAAAUAAAUCAUAAAUUGAUCCUAUCCCAAAAAUAUUUUUAAUACAAAGGAUAAUAUUUAAAAAAGCAUGUCGUUAGUAUAUUUUUGUGAAAAUUAGUUUUCGUUAUUUUUCUUCACCAAGCUCACAACGAAUAUUAUUUACUAAUACUCAAUAUAUUAAGGAUCUGAAUGAAGGUUUAAACAAUUCAUUACAAUUUUUUUGAUUAAGCGACGCCUUUAUUCAAUUUGUUUGAGAUAUUCAUUUCAUCUUUCCACGGAAACUUUUUUCUCUAUUAAAAAACUUCCUUGCUGAAUUAAAUCUCACCUAUAUAGGUUCCUUUGAUGAAGUUUGUUAUUUUAGUUAAAGUAAAAUUCCACUAUUGGGGCGGUUUUUUUUCAGGCGUCCAGGAACGGCAUUAAGUUUAAAUACAGCCCUGUAAACAAUAGUUAAUAAUAUUUUUAAUAGAGAUUUGAGAAGAUUUCAUUAGUUACACCUGUUUUUUAAUUGAUAAGUAUACUUUGCCUACCUUCUAAGUAUUGCCGUCUUUGUAUCCAAAUCUUUAUUUAUCAUUAUCUUAAAAACUAUCAACUUUAUCGAGAUUGUUAAAGGAAGCAAUGUUAUUAAUAAUUAAAUUGUCUACAAUUUGUUUCUAAUAAGUUUUUUCCUGGAAUUUUACAAAGUACAAUAAUAACAGAUUUGAAUAUUUUUUGGAAUCACAAUUGUAUAUAAGUAAUAAAAAGAUAUUGAUACAAAGUUGUGAGGUCUCCUCUCUUCUUUUUUUUGUACUAAUAUAUUUUUGAUGGAUGAAAAUACCGAAAUUUUGAUUUUUCGUACUUUUAAAAAUUCAUAUCUCUAAAAAUAUUAACUUCAUCGCGAAACGUCAUUAGAUCUUUUGUAUUUUUUUUGUAUUUUAAUAAAAAAUGUGAAAAAAAUUUGUCCGAUUGAAAAAUAACAAUUAUUUAAACAAUAUGGCACGGGGUUGCAACAGGCAUGUAUAUAUCAUUAGUAGGGCAACUGCAAGAGGAUUGCAUGAAAAAAUUGAGGAGGAACAGUUGUGGUACCCAUAAUUCCUCCUAGACUAAUUAUGGUAUUAACGAUAAGGAGUUUGCUAACAUUUUUAUCCACAUCUUUUCAUAGAUAGAAUCAGAAUUGAUUUAAGCAAAAUUAAAGAAUAAUUUUUCUGUAGUUUCUGCAACUUAUUCAAAUUAAAUUUAAAAUUGCCCUUAUAUAACUUGAAAAAAUAUAUUACAUCCCCUAGGAACCCAUAUGCUUCAUCUAAUUUCACAAUAUACUGUAUAAUUAUACUUUAGCAUAUAAAUUUUUUUCAAAAAAAUAAAUAUUAAAUUAAAUAUCUAUAUUUGCGAUUUAUUACUAUCCAAUCCGCAUCGUUUCUUAUUUAUUGAAAUGAACAAACUUACUUCAUCUAAGGAACAAAUUAAUUUUUAUUAAGAGCUACAGAUUUCUUUUAGCAACUUCAAGAGCAUCUAAGUGAAAUUUCGCCAAAUUUGUAAACUUUAUCGAAAGUAUAUUCAAAUUGUGGAUCACUUAAAAUUGUCCUGGUUUUUAGUGGAGUGUGUUCAUUAAUUAUUAAAUGGCUAUCGUUUAUUUUUGUGUGCAAGUUUCUAUUAUUGAUAAUAUUUGUUUCACUUGCAGGGGUGUUUUUGUUAUUUUUAUUACAAUAACCGAUUGAACAAUUUUUAAAUACUUCAGAAGUUAUUUAAUCAUUAACAUAUAAAGGGUUGCGGAUUAACAAAUUCUUAGUAAAUGUACUGAUAUUUUGUUUAGUAAUACAUACAAUUUAUAAGUUCAUUUACCAAACAUGAGCAAUCAAAAAAUAAAUUUUUAACAGACUGAAAAUUUUAUUAUAUGCCCUAUUCUAGUUUUAUCAGCCGUUAUUCGUAUUUUGAGAAUAUUUAGGUUGGGGUGUCAAAUUAUUCCAUUGAUAUUAGCUUCAUAGAAUGUGGGGAUUUUACUAUAAAAAAUCAUAUUUUUGAUAUAGAAUUUUAUUUUUAAUUUUAAUUACCUUGAUUUUAGACAGUGUUAAAUAUAUCAAUUUUUUAUGAUAAAAAUUUGCACCCAAAAGUUCACUGUAAAAUGAAAAUUAAGUUAAAUUUUUUUCUAGUCUAAUGUUUGUAUGUAUAUUUGAUUUUUUGAUGUGUAUGUUAAGUUUGAGAUGAUAACGUAGGAUGUAUGGAAAAAAUAAUUAUAAUUUGAAAUGUUUUGUUACAACAACAAGGGGAAUACUACUCGCCGGAUUUAUUAACUUUUUUCCAUUCAUCCUAAAUAAAGCAGGUGAUAGGGUCUUUACUUUAGUUAUAAUUUUCAUCACCUUCAUAUUGAUGUUAAGUUGAUGAUAAGUUGGAACACGUUGUCUAAAGUCCAAAUUCAUUUUUCACCCCUGCUUUAUUUAUAUGGUUUUUGAGCUGUACUGAUUAAGCUUCUGAUGUUGCCCAUUAAAAUUGUUAUAAAAA